AUGGAUCCUGAAGUUUAUCGGAUGAGUCCAAUACCAGAAGAAAGUUCCUUAAUGAAUUCAGUAUCCCAAGAUCGAGAAUCCACAGAAACCCUUCUUAACAAAAAAACCACUGAAAAUGGCUUGAAAUCUCCCAACUCUUGGAGUCAUCAAAAAACUCACUCGCAGCAAUUGACCUCUGACACUGACACUUGAUCAGUUGUGAUCCCUGAAGACAUUUUUAAAAUCAAAAACCUCGACACAGGCGAAGAAAUCGACAUCAGAGACGAAAACCAAGAAACUUUUCCAGGCCAAGUCGUCAAAAUUUUCAACUUGCAAGGAAACCAAGAAGAUCUUGAAGAUUUUUAUAAGCAGAAAAGGAAAAUGAAUAACUCGCUCUGGGAAGCUGUGGAAAGAAAUGAUAUCAAUCGAUGCAAAGAAUUAUUAGACAGAGAACUUUAUGGAGACAUGGUCGCUCAGACUAAUACAAAAGGGCUAAAUGACUGAACUGCGCUACAUUUGGCAGCUGCUGAUGGGUUUAAAGAUGCAAUUGAAGUCCUGAUUUUUCAUGGAGAAAGGACCAAUGUGGACUCGAGGACGUCUAUGCAGAGGACUCCUUUACAUUUGGCUUGCCUGCAUGGGCAUUUGCCGGUUGUAAAAAUUUUGGUUAGGGAAGGGGCUGAUAUUAAUGCGAUUGAUAAUGAGCUGAGCACGCCACUUCAUUAUGCAGCUAAGCAUGGACAUGAGUUAAUUGUGAAGUGGCUGCUUGGGAGGAUUCCGGAUAUAAGUAUAAAGAAUAAUCUGGGGAAGACAGCGGUGGAUCUUGCAUUAAAUAUUGAUGUAUAUAGUGCCUUUAGAGAGCAUUGCAAUAGAUUUGGACUGAGUGUGCCUCAUACUGAGUAUGGGAGAAAUCCUUUUUAUUCGGUUCUUAGAAGAACAUCAAGGCAAGAUAUGGUGGAUAAUUUGAUACUUAAGAGUUCUCAUAAGCCGAGUAAUAAGGAUUUACAGACGUUUAAAGAGAGACCGAAGCUACAGGCUACUCCUAAAAAGAGUAUCAAAAAGACGCAAAGCCUGAAUAAAGGAAUUGUAAAGCCUCCUGAUUUUGGUCUUCCUCCGUGUAAAGUUGGUCCAAGAGAUUUUAAAGGUCUAUUGCAGCUUGGAAAAGGAAGUUUUGGAGAAGUAUACUUAUCCUUCCUUAUUGUUUAAAUUAUAAUAAAUUUUUUAUAUGUUUGAACUUGUCAUAUGCCUUUUGCUCGAGGACAAAUAUUUCUUCAGCUAUUUGGUCAAAACUUGUUCCUCGUCAAAAAAUAAUGGUUUUUACAUACAAAUGUCUAACCGGGAAAAGAGUCCUGAUGAAGUAUCUACGGGGAAAAAGCCAUGCUUCUGUUUGAAUCAAUAACUGAUAAAAGCUUCUAAUCUACUUUUAUCUGCCUCCAGAAAAUUAAUAUGAAGGAGUUAGUAGAAAAAAUUGACUCUGGGGAACAGUUCGCUUUAAAAGUUUUAAGGAAAGAAAAAGUCCUUGAAAAUAAUUUAAUCCGAUACGCAUUUGCAGAAAGAAAUAUUCUUAUGAAAAUCAAACAUCCAUACAUCGUGAAAUUAAAUUAUGCGUUCCAAACCCCAGAAAAGCUUGUAAUGAUUAUGGAUUACUGUCCAGGAGGAGACCUAGGAACCCAUUUAGCAAGAGAAAAGCAUUUUAACGAAGAAAAAGCUCGAUUUUAUAUAUGUGAAAUCCUUCUAGGUUUAGAAGAGCUCCAUAAGCACGAAAUCAUCUUCAGAGAUUUAAAACCUGAAAAUGUCGUCCUUGACGCUGACGGACAUGCAAGAAUAACCGAUUUUGGUCUCUCAAAAGAAGGAGUCACAGAGGGGCAGCUUGCCAAAUCUUUUUGUGGCUCAGUUGCAUAUUUAGCUCCAGAAAUGCUUCGAAGAUCAGGCCACACAAAAUCAGUCGACUGGUAUCUUUUAGGCGUUUUGCUAUAUGAAAUGCUCGUUGGUGCACCUCCCUAUUAUUCAAGCAACCGAGAACAGCUUUUUAACAACAUCCAGCGUGGCAAGCUAAAAAUCCCAAAAGGCCUUAGCAAUGAAGCAAAAGACAUCAUCAAGCUGCUAUUAAACCGAGACCCUCAUAAAAGACUUGGGGCAAGCAAAAGAGAUGCAGCUGAAAUCAAAGAGCACGCAUUUUUCAGAGGUGUAAACUGGGAUGCCUAUGCUAGAAAAGAAAUAAAAGCUCCCGAAAUAAGGCCAAUUAAAAGAGUUAUCAAAGGAGUUGGUUUGGAAAGAAUGUUUGGCCGAUUAGAAGACGAAGAAAUUCAAGCUCCUCGCUUAGAUGGCUGGUCAUUUAUUACUCCUAGCUAA